AUGAUCUGCUUCCCGGUGAAAACGUUCUACCUAAGUCUACAGAUGAGAUGAAGAAAUUUCUGAAACAGUUUGGUUUUGGGUAUGAUGUCAUCCACGUAUGCAAGAAUGACUGCAUUUUGUAUAGAAAAGAGUUUGAGGAUGCAGUCAGCUGUCCAAGAUGUAGUGAAUCAAGAUGGGAGAAGGAUAAGCAGACUGGUGAGGAGAAGAAAGGGAUUCCUGUUAAGGUGCUUAGGUAUUUUCCGAUUAAAGACAGGUUCAGGAGAAUGUUUAGAUCAAAGCGGUUGGCAGAGGACUUGUGUUGGCACUCCACUAAUGCUUCUGAAGAUGGAACUAUGCGUCAUCCAGUAGAUUCAUUGACUUGGGCUCAGAUAAACAACAAAUGGCCAGAGUUCGCUGCUGAAGCAAGAAACCUAAGACUAGGAAUUUCAACAGAUGGCAUGAAUCCGUUCUCUAUCCAGAACACGAAGCAUAGCACAUGGCCUGUUCUAUUAGUCAACUACAAUAUGGCUCCGACAAAGUGUAUGAGGUCCGAGAACAUCAUGUUGACAAUGUUGAUACCUGGUCCAACCGCACCUAGCAACAACAUUGAUGUAUAUCUACAGCCAUUGAUAGAGGACUUGCAUGAUUUGUGGACAGAAGGUAUGGAAGUUUAUGAUUCGUUUAAGAAGGAGAGUUUUACACUUAGAGCUAUGUUGAUGUGGAGUAUCACCGACUAUCCUGGUUUAGGCACAUUAGCUGGGUGUAAAGUGAAAGGGAAGCAAGCGUGUAAUGUCUGCGGGAAGGGUACACCUCAUAGGUGGCUAAAGUUUAGUCGCAAACAUGUUUACAUGGAGAACUGGAAGCGGCUCAGGCCUAGUCAUCCUUAUAGAAGAAGGAAAGGAUGGUUUGACAAUACAGUGGAGGUUGGUACUGCAAAUAGGAUUCAGAGUGGCUGCGAUAUAUUUGACAGUCUUAAGGACUUUAAAAACGAUUUUGGGAAACCUUUACCUAAGAAGAGUAAGCGGAAAAGGAUAGAAGGAGGUGAAGAUGAUGUUCUUUCAGCUGACGACCGUGAGGAAGAUGAUGAUCUGUGGCGGUGGAAGAAAAAAUCUAUUUUCUUUGACUUACCUUAUUGGAAGGAUAUGCCUGUGAGGCAUAACAUCGACGUCAUGCACGUCGAGAAGAACGUGUCUGAUGCGUUGUUGUCUAUACUGAUGCAUAGUGCGAAAUCUAAGGAUGGACUGAAAGCAAGAAAGGAUUUAGAAGAGAUGGGUAUUAGAAGCAACUUACAUACACAAGCUAGGGGGAAGAAAACUUACUUGCCUCCAGCUGCGUAUUGGCUUUCAAAGGAAGAGAAAAGAAAGUUCUGCCGAAGGUUAUCCAACUUCAGAGGCCCUGAUGGAUACUGUGCCAAUAUAGCUAACUGUGUCUCACUGGAUCCUCCUUCUAUUGGCGGCAUGAAGUCACAUGAUCAUCAUGUUCUUAUGCAGAAUCUCUUACCAGUAGCGUUGAGAGGUUUACUUCCAAAAGGACCUCGGAUAGCAGUGACUCGCAUAUGCAAUUUCUUCAACAGAAUCUGCCAACGCAUUCUUGAUCCAGAGAUGCUACUUGCACUAGAAACAGAGAUCGUGGAGACAAUGUGCCAGCUAGAGAGAUUCUUCCCACCUGCAUUAUUUGAUAUCAUGUUUCACCUUCCACUGCAUCUGGCAAGAGAAGCACGCUUAGGUGGCCCUGUCCACUUCAGGUGGAUGUACCCAUUCGAGAGGUAAUACUCUUAUUGUUUUCACUUACGGCUUACAAGUAAAAAAUAGUAAUUAUGUCAAUAAUAUUUUUUUAUAUUGUUUUGUAGGUAUAUGAAGACACUUAAGGCAUAUGUGAAGAAUUUCGCAAGACCUGAAGCUUGUAUGGCUGAGGGAUAUCUUGCUGGUGAAUGCCUCGCAUUUUGUAUGGAGUUCUUGCAAAAGAAGUAAUAGCAUUAAUGACUCGCUAUUAACAUAUAUUUAAUUGCAGAAUAAAAAGCGCUAUCUUAAUGGACGAAAAGAUAGCACCGCUAAAUUCCGCUAUGUAAAGUCCUUUACCUACUAUGACGGGCGAUGAUACAGCGCUUCAAAAACCGCUAUACUAUCGUUAUAUAGCGUUUUUCGUCCGCUAAUAAAACCCAUUUUUCUUGUAGUGUGGGUCUCUUUUUUUCUCAUCCCCAUAGAGUCUUUGUCUUAAGACUUAAGUCAUGCACUACCAACCCAUCAAACUCAGUCUUUGUACUUUCAAGCAUUGUGGGUUUAGAGGCAAAGACAUAGUUCUUUAAGCCUUGUGGUCUAUCUAAUGUCUUUUCCUAAGCCGUGGGUCUCUUUUUUUUUCUUAUCCCCAUAGAGUCUUUGUGUAAGACUUUUAAGUCAUGCACUACCAACCCCUCCAACUCAUAGUCUUUAUACUUUCGAGCCUUGUGGGUUUAGAGGCAAAGACAUAGUUCUUUAAGCCUUGUGGUUCAGAGUCUUUGUCUUAAGACAUGUUGGUAGUUUCGUUCCCAUCCAACGAGUCUUAUUUAAGCUAUUAGUCAUUGUUUCAUCAUCUAAUGACUUUUUCUAAGUCGUGGGUCGUUUUUUUCUCAUCCCCAUAGAGUUUUUGUUUUAAGACUUUUAAGUCAUGCACUACUACAAACCCAUCCAACUCAGUUUAUAUACUUUCAAGCCUUGUGGUUUAGAGGCAAAGACAUAGUUCUUUAAGCCUUGUGGUUCAUCUAAUGUCUUUUUAUAAGCCGUGGGUCCCUUUUUUCCUCAUACCCAUAUAGUCUUUGUCUCUCUUAAGACUUUUAAGUCAUGCACUACAAACCCGUCCAACUCAUAGUCUUUAUACUUUCGAGCCUUGUGGGUUUAGAGGCCAAGACAUAGUUCUUUAAGCCUUGUGGUUCAGAGUCUUUGUCUUAAGACAUGUUGGUCGUUUCUUUCCCAUCCAACAAGUCUUAUUUAAGCUAUUAGUCAUUGUUUCAUCAUCUAAUGACUUUUACUAAGCCGUGGGUCUCUUUUUUCCUCAUCCCCCUAGAGUCUUUGUCUUAAGAAUUUUAAGUCAUGCACUACAAACCCAUCCAACUCAGUCUUUAUACUUUCAAGCCUUGUGGGUUUAGAGGCAAAGACAUAGUUCUUUAAGCCUUGUGGUUCAUCUAAUGUCUUUUCCUAAGCAGUGGGUCUCUUUUUUUCUCAUCCCCAUAGAGUCUUUGUCUUAAGACUUAAGUCAUGCACUACCAACCCAUCCAACUCAGUCUUUGUACUUUCAAGCAUUGUGGGUUUAGAGGCAAAGACAUAGUUCUUUAAGACUUGUGGUUUAUCUAAUGUCUUUUACUAAGCCGUGGGUUUCUUUUUUUUUUCUUAUCCCCAUAGAGUCUUUGUGUAAGACUUUUAAGUCAUGCACUACCAACCCAUCCAACUCAUAGUCUUUAUACUUUCGAGCCUUGUGGGUUUAGAGGCAAAGACAUAGUUCUUUAAGCCUUGUGGUUCAGACUCUUUGUUUUAAGACAUGUUGGUCGUUUUAUCCAAUCCAACGAGUCUUAUUUAAGCCAUUAGUCAUUGUUUCAUCAUCUAAUGACUUUUUCUAAGCCGUGGGUCUUUUUUAUUCUCAUCCUCAUAGAGUCUUUGUCUUAAGACUUUUAAGUCAUGCACUACAAACGCAUCCAACUCAUAGACUUUAUACUUUCGAGCCAUGUGGGUUUAGAGGAAAAUACAUAGUUCUUUAAGCCCUAUGGUUCAGAGUCUUUGUCUUAAGACAUGUUGGUCAUUUUUUUCCCAUCCAACGAGUCUUAUUUAAGCUAUUAGUCAUUGUUUCAUCAUCUAAUGACUUUUUCUAAGCCGUGGGUCUCUUUUUUCCUCAUCCCCAUAGAGUCUUUGUCUUAAGACUUAAGUCAUGCACUACCAACCCAUCCAACUCAGUGUUUGUACUUUAAAGCACUGUGGGUUUAGAGGCAAAGACAUAGUUCUUUACGCCUUGUGGUUUAUCUAGUGUCUUUUACUAAGCCGUGGGUCUCUUUUUUUUCUCAUCCCCAUAGAGUCUUUGUGUAAGACUUUUAAUUCAUGCACUACCAACCCAUCCAACUCAUAGUCUUUUUGUACUUUUAAGCCUUUGUGGUUUAGAGGCAAAGACAUAGUUCUUUAAGCCUUGUGGUUCAGAGUCUUUGUCUUAAGACAUGUUGGUCGUUUAUUUCACAUCCAACGAGUCUUAUGUAAAAGCCAUUAGUCGUUGUUACAUCAUCUAAUGACUUUUUCUAAGCCGUGGGUCAAUAUUUUUCUCAUCCCCUCCACAUAUAGUCUUUGUCUUAAGACUAUUAAGCAUGCACUACCAACCAAUAGAUUCCGGGUCUUAUUUUCCAUCCCCAUAACAUACCUCCUUAGACAUGCAUGCACUACCCACCAAAAGAUUUCUUACGGGACCAAUGUUACCCAAAUAAAAAUCUGACAGAACACUAUUAAGAUUAGUGCUUGCCAAUGAUCUUAUUUGGAUUUGAGAAUGCUAUAACAUCGAUUAAUUAGAACUGAUCUAAUGGGGUUUGACUUUGUUCUCGUUUGAAUUCCAUCCUCAAAAGACAUAAUUUUUUUGUUAAAAGAAAAGUUGCAUUUUUAGUUCAUAGACAGAGAAAUUAC